AUGGUGGCAGCUGGUCAAAAGGCUGCACAAUCGCUUACUGAGGAAUACAUGGAAGCGUUGAUUAGAAAUGGGGAUCUUGAUGACUUAGAGCAGGCGUUGGAAGCAGAUCUGCUGCUUCGAUAUCCAGAAUGGCUGGAAGUUAUACAGAAUACCCUGGGUAAUAUUUUGCGUGACGACAAGAACGGCGACUUGGUCGACUUAACCUUGGAAGAGAUUGUGGCUCGGAUCGUCCCAGGCGGAAGCAUCGCUGUGCCCAAAGCUGCCAAGACUGCAGCCAUCCAACGAAUCCGAGACGCCCUACAGAAACAUUGUAGUUCCCCGUGA